AUGCUUACUUUCAUAUAUAUAUAUAUAUAUAUUCACAUUCACAUUUUUCUAUAUAUGCGUUUAAGCUUUUAAAAAUUUCAACCAUUAACUCAAUUAUCUUAAAUGAUAUUUUGCUCUUUUCUAGAAUGUGAAGGUGUAGUGACUAGACCUGUCAAAUAUGAUGGCAUACCUAAGUCAAAUAAAUGCCUUUCCUAAAUAAGUACUUAUGCUCAUACACAUACAUAUACGUAUGCAGGUAGUUAGAUAGAGACAGCGACACAGGCAGACGAUGAAUACAUUGCUGUGUGAUGAUUGCCCGUAUAUAAUACCGUUGUUGGUUGUGCGACAGUCAACAGUCACACUCGGCCCACAAUUCCAACAAAAAUUAACGUCAACAAUGCUAGCAACAGUGCGGAGUAACUACAAAAAGAGCAAUAACAACAACAACAACAAAAAACAACAACAAGAAUUUAGUAAAAGCAAUAGCUGCGUUGGCUCUUAUCAAAUGGCAGCAGCGCAGUUGACUUUUCUAUACGAAGCUUCAGCGAGCUUUGUAUUUGCUCUGACUUUUUGCUACGGUUUUUGUUUUCAUUUGUAAUUGUUGUUAUUGUUUCUGCAUACGUAUAUGCAAGUACAUAUAGGCAUGUGUAUGCUUUAUUGUUUUUCUUAUUGUCAUCGUAAGAGGCGAAAUGGGAACAGUCAACAAAAGUCAGCAACACCAAAUGAACUAAAAAAAAAAAAAAAAAAAAAAAAAUAAGAAAAAAAAAAUGAAAAAACGAUUGUAUGUUGUCGAACUUGUUGUCAUCGUAUUUGUUGUACUCUACACUACUCUACUCUAUACAUAUGCAUAUGUAAAAUAUGCACAGAAAGAAAUAAAAUAAAUGGAAAUAAAUUUUGUUUGCGUCUAACGAACGUGUACGUGAGCGCUCAUAAUCGAGAAUCAUUAGCAACAGUUACAUCCCUAAACAUUAAGAAAACCAGAGCAACAGCCUUUAAUAUUGAAAGUAUUAUAAUUUACGACAGCAAGAUAACUAUAAAUGUAAUCAACAGCACAACGUAUAAAUCAGCAGCAGCAGAAAUAAGAAAAAACAUCGAAAUUACAAAUCAACAACAUUUACGCCAACAUCAUCAAAAUUGCCAUUUAACACCAACAUUUAGUAUAACAUUUGUUGCCACAAAAAAUUUCGACAAAUCAACGACUGCUUUGGAUUGGUGGGGAGGGAAUUAAAAAAAUGCUCGGUGAACGUUCUCUGCUGCUAAGUGGUUAUAACGCAAUUGAGAGCGCAAAGAAACCCUGCGACAAUAGCAAUUCCCCAUCGCCAGCAGUUACGCAAGCGGCCAUUACACUGACGCCCACAUCAACAGCAGCUGCUGCAGCUGCUUACCUUUACCUGGAGAAGGUAAAAAAUGAACGAAUGUCUCCGCGAAUGACGGCAGCGCAAAUUGACUCUCUUAAAGAUGCAAUAAUAGAGUCAUCGGCAGCGGUAGCGGCUGCUGCUGCUAUUGCCAAUAACAACAACAACAACAAUAAUAAUAAUAAUAAUAAUAAUAACAAUAAUAAUAAUCACAAUAAUAAUUGUUUAUUAAAAAAUAAAAACAGUGGUAGUAUAAAUGACAAUAUUAACACCAACAAAAGUUGCACAAAUAACAACAGUUUAGUCAUCACACAUCAGCAAACGCAAAUCGGAAAUAUUGAACUCAAUAGCAUCGGCAAAACCACUAUUAACAAUAAUAGCAGUACCAGUGAUGAAUUACAAAACCAUUCCCUUAACGCGCAACCUCUCAGCCAAUUAUCAACGCACAUUGGUACUAAUCAUGUAAAAAAGGAAAGACUUAGCCCUGGAACAAAUGGCGACUUACAUUCGUCAUUGUCAAGAUCACGUAGUACGACACCUUCAUCUUUUCGGGGAACUUCACCGCAACAAUCAAUUCACAGUAGUCCGUCCGAAACCAUGAUACCAAUGCACAAUCUCUCCUCAAAUAUACUGAACACGAUACAACAAGCUGCAGCAACAACUGGUCGCCAUAAUGCAGGGCCACCAACGUCAGGGAUCAAUUCAAGUUCAUUAUCCGCACUACCCGCAGAUUUCACUGCGCAUAAUUAUUCGGAUUUUAUGCGCAGUUUGGCAGCAAAAUACAACAACGCAAAUCCGAACGAUUCAAAUAAUAGCCGACGUAAUGCCUUCUUCGAGAUGAUACCUAAUUCUGUAGCGGGAGCAACAACAAUAACAACAACAACCAAAAAACCAUCAGCAGCUCAUAAAGUAUCGUUUUCUUCGGCUUCGUGUAAUACAUCAACGAGUAAAGAGAUGUCAAUAACACCCACUCUACCUCCGCCACCACCUCUAGCUUCUUCGGCAAUAUCGCCGUGCGAAGCGACAACACUAAAACAACCUCAACAAAGUCAGCAAAUAGCGGCCGCGGCGGCAGCAGCUGCAGCUGCUGCAAGUAAUACCAGUGUUUCACCAUUUAUGACUUCGUUCCUAUCAACGCUGCCCUUUGCUCAAGGUGUAUUUCCACCCCUGAUCGACAUGAGCAGUACGCAAGCAUUAAUCACUUUAGCCCGAGCUGCCAAAGAAACAGAAAUACAAAAUGUUUUGCGUUCAGCACAAAUCCCAAAAAGAUUAUCUGCCAACACCUCACCUUCACCUCGUCCUAGUUUAAGUGUAGCUCUACAACAGGCGGCCCAAUUUGUUUCUCCUGCUUUAAUGUAUUCCGCUCAGUUGCAACAUCAGCAGCAAUUGGCGGCUUCGCAACAAUCUAGUCCUGCUCAUAGUCGUCCAAUAACGGAUCCUCAUUCAAAUGUCGCAACGAAACCUGUACCUGCAUCGGCUGGUCACUGUUCAAUUAGUGAUAAAAUUGAAGUGAAUGCAACACCAUUAGAUUUGAGUUCUCAACCGCCACCUUCAAAACGAUUUAAAGCCGAAUCAAUCUCCAGCCAAAGUAGCAGUGCAGACGUUCCCUUAGCACAUGCCGUCCAAAGACGAGUAUCUUCUUCAACUGUCGCCACGACUCCAUCACCCCCGCCCUACAUUGCAAAAUCUAUCAUCUCGCUAGUCGGCUCGGAUGCCACAACAAGCGAGAAUACGAUCGCCGCGUAUACAAACUACAAAACCAUGAAUUCAACGCCGGCAAAAGCAGGCCCAACGGCUUCAUUAGUAACGGGUGGAGUACGUCAGUGCCAAGCUCAAAGCGAAGAAGUGAAUUCAUGGUCAGUGGAAGAUGUUUGUAGUUUUGUGGGCAGUAUUGAUAUUUGCGCAGAAUACGUAAAGCAUUUUCGUGAUCAAUGUAUUGAUGGGUCGGGCUUGCCUUUACUAACUGAAGAUCAUCUGGUGAACUCGUUGGGCAUGAAAUUAGGACCGGCUCUUAAAUUGCGUUCUGCCUUGGCAAAGAAACUGGGCGGACCGUGUCCGUGUGUCGCGUGUGUGGCUCAAGCACAGCAUGCGCUGACACUGCAAACGAGUAAUAGUGGCAUUGGCGCAUCAGCUACUGCAGCUGCACCUCUUACUGCCACCACCAAUGCAACAAUAGCGAAAAGCGUAACCACAACAACGGUGGUGGGCACAAGUAGCAAAAGCGGUAAUUUAGCGAACAAUGCGCAGACAACAACAACAACAACACCAAUAGCAGCAGCAACAAAAAUAGCAGCAACAACGACGGCAACAACAAUUCAACACUGUAAUAGUGAUAAAAGCAACAACAAUUCUGUUAACAGUAGCGAAAGUACUACAAAAAAUAAUGGUAGCACAAAUCCAACAUCCAACAUCUGUGGUAAUAGCGAUGGCAGUAUCAACAUAAAUGCUAAAGGCAACAAUAAUUGCAAUGUUAAUAUCGGCAAUUUUUCACCAGAUCACAACGACGACUGUAAUAGUAAUGCUACCGCCAUCAAUCGACACAACAAUAACAACAACAAUCACAACAAGAACAACAGCAAUACGAGCAGCAUUGACUCGACAAGUUAGUGGCCAAUGCAAUCAGCACAAGACAACGAUAGACGGCGGCUAAAGGCAGUCGUGCACGAAAUUGUUAUUUGUUUGUGUGCUACUAUUAUGGAAAGUGCUGUUGUUGUUAUGACUGUUAACAACUAUCUGCCACAACCACAAUGCAGUCAUCAUUAUUGGAAGAGGGCAAAUUAAUUACACAAACAAUUCAAUCCGUGGAAUUAUUAAAAAAUUCUUUCUUUUUGCUUUUUCUGUUUUUUUUUUUUUUUUUUUUUGUUUCUUUCUUAUGUCUGGAAAUAAGAAGCUUGAGUUCUCUUCAAAACAAAAAAAACAAGUCAUGAAAUGCAUUUUUUCGUAGAAAAAAAAAAACUUUCAAACUCAAACUUUCUUGAAAUUACUUUUUGCUACUACUAUUACUACUAACACUAAUGCGCAGAAGAGCAAGAGUCACCCUUCCCAUGUUAAGCGCUUUUCCGGAACUAAAUUUAUUUUUUAUUUUAUUUGAUUUAUUUUUAUUUACUUUUUCUUUUCUUUUCUUUGUAUAAUUUCUCUAAGAAUCCUUUAUUUUAAUUUGCUUACGUAUGUAUUGAGAUAUGUUGUAUUUGAAUUAAAAUAAAUUACAAACAUACGCGUAUUACGUAAUCAAACUAAAUUGAAAUCAAUUUUUUAUUUUUUUUUUUUUUCCUUCUUUCACUUAAAAAAUUUCAUUUUAAUUUAAUUCUCUCUUUGGAAGGUUAAAAAGGAGUCAUAAUCAUUUUGUGCUUUUAAAAAUUUUUAUUAUUUACAAAAUUUUUUAAAUUGAAAAUUUGCAAGAAAUGAAAAAAAUCAAUUUCCCAAACUAAAGGAAAAUAAUUAACGACUUGUAUAAUAAAAAUGAAUUUAUAAUGGAAACCAGUAGGAAAACUUUUUCAUCCACUGUCUUAAUACAACUUAAAAAAAAAAAAAAAAAAAAAA